CAGAAGGACUGGUGGACGGUCUAAAAACAGACCGCGGGCCAGAAACAGUUUAUGUACAACAAAUUUCCCACGAAAAUAAAACUAAAUGGAAUUUUUUUUAACACUUAUGGAAGUGACGUUCUGUCGAUGUUGUUUCACCACAGAAGAGUGAAGUUUUUCCUCUGAGCUGCUAUAAUGAAGCGAAGAGCUGCAACAGUGUUUGUACCACUGCAGGGGACAAAGAGGCAUCGUGAAGACAGAAGCUCAGAUGACGAAUCACAAUCCAGACAAGAUUCUAGCCAAAAUGACUCCCUCAGUGACCAUGAGGACCACAGACCAGGAUUCUCCAUGCCCUCCAUAUCAUCAUCAUCCUUUGAUGCACAAGACAAUGAUGGCUCCACUCACAACUCCUCAAAGUUCUCUAUGUACAACAGUGUGUCACAGAAACUGAUGGCCAAAAUGGGCUUUAGAGAGGGUGAAGGUCUGGGGAAGUUUGGUCAAGGACGCAAGGAGAUUGUGGAGGCUUCCACCCAGCGGGGCAGAAGAGGUCUCGGCCUCACACUGCAGGGUUUCCAGGGAGAGCUCAAUGUUGACUGGCAGGAUGAACCGGAGCCCAGUGCUGUAGAGAAAGUCGACUGGUUUCCUGAAUGCACCACAGAGAUCCCAGAUUCAGAUGAGCUGACGGACUGGAUGAUCCUGGGAGAGAGAAAACUUAGGAUUGAAGACGAAACAGAGUUUUGCUCAGAAGAUCUCUUGCACACACUUCUACGGUGUAAGACAGUGUUUGAUAACCUGGAGGGUGAAGAGAUGAGGAGAGCACGAACACGCUCCAACCCCUACGAGACAAUUAGAGGAGGUUUCUUUCUCAACAGAGCAGCUAUGAAAAUGGCCAACAUUGACCACUGCGCCGACCAUAUGUUCACAAACCCAAAGGAUUCUCAAGGGAAACCUCUGACAAAGGACCGCGAGGGUGAGCUUCUCUACUUUGGUGACGUCUGCGCAGGGCCUGGAGGCUUUUCAGAGUACAUCCUGUGGAAGAGACGCUGGCACGCCAAGGGCUUUGGCAUGACGCUGAAAGGACCGUGUGACUUCAAGCUGGAAAAUUUCUAUGCAGCUCCGAGCGAGCUGUUCGAGCCUUAUUAUGGUGAGGGCGGAGUGGAUGGAGAUGGUGACAUUACUCGGCCUGAAAACAUGACUGCGUUCCGUAACUUUGUCAUGGAGAAUACAGACAGAAGAGGGCUGCACUUUCUCAUGGCAGAUGGGGGUUUUUCUGUGGAAGGUCAAGAGAACAUCCAGGAGAUCCUGAGCAAACAGCUGCUGCUCUGUCAGUUCCUCACAGCUCUCUCUACACUCAGGACUGGUGGCCACUUUGUCUGUAAGACUUUUGACCUCUUCACGCCGUUCAGUGUGGGUUUAGUCUACCUUCUCUACCUCUGCUUCGAUAGGAUUUCACUAUUCAAACCUGUCACCAGCAGGCCUGCCAACUCUGAGAGGUACAUAAUGUGCCGUGGUCUGAAACCCGGUUCAGAUGCAGUCAGGGAGUACAUGUUCAGAGUCAACCUGAAACUGAACCAUCUUAAAGACUCGAACACAGACGUUACAGAUGUGGUUCCACUGAGUAUCAUUAAGGAGGACACUGACUUCUUCCAGUUUAUGGUCAACUCUAACGAGAGCCUCUGUGCAGUCCAGAUUAAGGCCUUGGCUAAGAUCCAUGCUUUCGUAGUCGACCCGACACUCUCAGAACUAAGGCAAGCUGACAUCAGAAAGGAGUGCCUGAAGCUUUGGGGGAUCCCAGACAUGGCAAGAGUUGCUCCUUCUUCAUCAGACCCGAAGGCAAAAUUCUAUGAACUGACCAAGAACUCAGAUGUGGAUUCGUUUCAGUGUAAGCUGACUCCACUAAACUCCAGCACACUCGAUAAGUUGCGCCACGUCUUGGACCACAGGUGCAUUGUGGGAAGUGGAGACCAGCUCUUUCUUCUUGCACUGGGAAAGUCUCAGAUUUAUACAUGGGAUGGGAAGAUGCCUGUACGUUGGACGAAAAUGGAGAAAUUCAAAUUGGAGCUGCCAAGGGAUUCACUCCUCAGCGUAGAAAUUGUCCAAGAGCUGAAGGGCGAGGGCAAAGCUCAGCGCAGAAUCAACGCAGUUCAUGUGAUGGAUGCACUGGUACUCAACGGCACUGAUGUUAGGGAUCAGCACUUCAACCAGCGGAUCCAGAUGGUUGAGAAGUUUGUAAAGGCAGUGGCUAAACCCAGCAGACCAGAUAUGAACCCCAUCAGGGUGAAAGAAGUUUACAGGCUGGAGGAAAUGGAGAAAAUCUUUCUCAGACUAGAAAUGAAAAUUACAAAAAGUUCAGGAGGCGUUCCUCGCCUGUCCUACACUGGAAGAGAUGACCGUCACUUCCUUCCCAAAGGCCUCUACAUCAUUAAGACUGUCAAUGAGCCGUGGACGAUGGCGUACAGCAAAAAAUCCAAAAUGAAGUUUUUCUUUAACAAGAUAACCAAGCAAUCAACGUAUGACAUGCCACCAAAUUCUGCUGCUCCCUUCCAUGUUUGCCACUCUGAGCGGCUCUUCUGGGCCUGGGAGGAGGGAGUCAUAGUUCAUGAUUCUCAGACUCGAAUGGACCCUGAGAAGCUGUCCAAAGAUGAAUUUCUGUCCUUCAUCCAUCGGAAUUACCAGCUCUGAAUGAGUGACAGGUUCUCAGAGAGCUACAACCUGUACACACUAAGUUAUAAGAGAGUGUAAAGCCUUGGAAAAAGAUUUAUUUCAGUUCAUUGAUCAAUAUUUAAUUUGGCAGUGAAUGGAGGAUUAUUAGGACUUUACACCCGAUCAUUUUUUUUAAGGAAAAUGCUUCUUAUUGUCCAGUUAAAUGUUAAUAAACUCCUGCAUGACAGUUAUCAAGAUCCUCUCUGAUCAGAUGUUUUUUAGCAGUCUAAGUUACUUUUUUCUGCUCAUUUGAGCAGUAAAAUAAGGAUGAACCUUCUUGCCUCUAUGCCUUUGUCACUGCCCUCUGCUCUACAAACUGUAGCCUCAUACAAGAAGAAGACAAAGAAAAAGCUGCACUUAUCUCUUCCAUGCUUUGCAUCUUCCUGUAGAUCCAGUUUUACAGUUUCUCCUUCAUGUUAUGCUUUGUGUGUUGGCAUAAGUCGCAGUAGCAGUGGCAUAUAGAUAUAAUUGUUCAUCAGUGUCUGUAAACACAGUCUAGCUCACAACACACCUGCUAUAUCUCUAGCUCUAUGGAGAUGAAGGUCUCUUUCCUCAGCUUCUCACAAUAACUGGCUUCUGCUCCUGCAAAUCUGUGGCUGGACUCCAAAAACAACAAAAAAUGUUAAUCAUCUGGCUUAUCCUCCCCAUUACUUUAACACAUUAGUCCAGAUGUAGAAACUGUCUGCUAUCCAUACUUAAUCUGUAAGAGUGAGUGGGAAAUUUGAAAGAUUACCUGUUAGUUUUUUAUGCUUUUUUUUGUCUUUUUUUUUUGGUCUCAUUGUGCCUCGUAUGUGCUGACAGCGACAAAAGCAUUAUUUUCCUUUGUCAAGUGAGCUCUCAAAGAUGUGAUGUAAAUAAAAGUAAAUAAAUGGGAGAUUCUGUUCCCACAAGGUG